UAGCUGAUAAUGUUAACAGAGUCGGCCGUUUUGCAAGUUGCAAUCGUUCGGAUUUUCGGACAUUCUCUGUCUCUAAACGCUUGUAAAAAAACUUAGCAAAAGGCAUAUUAAGCAAAUUUUGUUGCACGUUUUUAAGUGCAUCAUACCUACAUAUUAUUACAAAGUCGAUUCUUAGGGAUGGUUAUUCUUUUAAAUGCGUAGUGAAACUGUGCGGAUAAAUGAAAAUGCAAUAAGAAACUGUUAGUUUUUUUUCUUUUCCCAAAUCCUUGCUCGGUGUGAAAUUUGGUUAGAAAGCUGUCAACUGCCAGCUGAUAUUCUAUCAAAAAGAAAAUGUUAAAUAUGUUGUAUAGAAAACAUUUUGAGAAAAAUAGGCUUCUUAAUGAUUUGGAAUCUAAUACUACAUAAUUGACAACUUAAUAAGAAAAUGGAGCCUUGCAAGUUUUUGAAUACAAAUUAAUAAAUAAUUUAAUAUUUACUGUAUUAUUGGUUUAUGAAUAUAGUAUGGGGUGAAAUAUCAUGAACUAACAGCUUGAGAUCAAAAACUACGAUUACAAUAUCAAUUCUGACUUCUAGAUUGAACGGAUUGUUUAAAUGAAUAUCUUUUUCUUUUUUUGAAAAAAAAAAUAACUAAAAUUUAACUUUAUCAAAAUUAUGUUUUAUUCGGACUGGUCAACAACUAUGAUGGCCAUAUUGUGAUUGUACCUUUUAUAUUGGAUUGAUCGUUGUCGAAACAUCUAGGAUGCAAUCAAUGGCUAUCCAGCGAAAACGCCGAGAGCACGACACUUAUUCUACAUAUUCUUCAUCCGGUUGACAACAGUGCCUAUCACGUUUGGAACGGAGAGCAGCUACGUCGUCGGACCUAACGCGAAAAUGUACGAAUUACCUAGCCUGCGGAAAACGGCGUACUACGCUUGCAACAAGAUCGAGCGUAACAAGUUUGACUUGCUGGAAACACCGGACGUGAAUAUGCGAAGUUGUUGUGAGUCAUUGUUCGAAAUUUUAAAAAUCGACAAAAACCUAAACAAGGGAAAUGGUAGGCGGACCAUGUUCAGCAGAUCACAAUUCCCCGUCGAUGACCUGAGAUUUAAAAACGUAUGCGAAAGAGCGGUGUUGCACGGGCACAUCGAUUGCCUAAAACUUGCACACGAAGUCGGUGUCCCCUGGGACAGUAUGCCGGAAUUUGACGGUGGUACGGCGUGCGACUUAGCUGCACAAUCGGGCAAUCUAGAGUGUCUUAAAUACGCCUCGGAGAACGGAUGUCCAUGGAACGAGGAUACGUGCAGCGGCGCCGCGAGCAACGGUCAAAUGGAGUGUCUGGUUUACGCUCGAGAAAAUGGUUGUCCCUGGGACACUGAGACGUGCAGCGGAGCCGCGUUGAACGGCCACCUGCAGUGUUUGGUUUACGCACGGGCAAACGGCUGUCCCUGGGACGGUGAAACGUGCUCCAACGCCGCGUCAAACGGUCACCUGGAGUGUUUGGUUUACGCUCUAGAGAACGGGUGCCCCUUGUCCUUUGAUGCAUGCUCCAGAGCCGCGGAAAACGGUCAUUUGGACUGUUUGAUUUACGCACGGCAAAACGGAUUCCACUGGGACGAGCUUACGUGCAGCUUUGCCGCGAGCAACGGUCACUUGGACUGUUUGGUCUAUGCACACCGAAGUGGGUGCCCCUGGACCUCUUGGACGUGCAUUAUAGCCGCAUCGAACGGUCACAUGGCAUGUUUGUAUUACGCACGGCAAAAUGGAUGUCCCUGGGACAAGAGGGUGUGCUCCGAAGCCGCAUUGAAUGGCCACCUGCAGUGUUUGGUUUACGCGCGGAAUAACGGCUGCCCCUGGGACAGUAAGACGUGCUCCAACGCUGCGAGAAACGGUCACCUGGAGUGUUUGGUUUACGCACGGCAAAAUAGAUGUCCCUGGGAUAAGAGGGUGUGCUCCGAAGCCGCGUUGAACGGCCACCUGCCGUGUUUGAUUUACGCACAGAAAAACGGUUGUCCCUGGGACGAAGAGACGUGUAGCAAUGCUGCAUAUAACGGUAAGCUAGAGUGCUUGGUUUACGCAAGAGUAAGCGGAUGUCCCUGGGACGAGGAGACAUGUAUCCAAGCCGCAUUUAACGGUCACCUAGAGUGUUUGGCCUAUGCGCGGGAAAAUGCAUGUCCUUGGGACGAAGAGACAUGCAUCUUGGCCGCGAGGAAUAAUAAUCAUCAGGAGUGUUUGGUUUACGUACUGGAAAACAAGUGCCCUUAGGACUAAAACUACGAGACUGACAUGGACUACCAGCUUACACUCGGGAAAACAGGUGCACUUGGGACGAGGAUACGUAUAGCAGCUCUGCGAGCAACGGUCACAUGAAGUGUCUGGUAUAUGCACUAGAGAACAUGUGGCCCUGGGACGCGCUUACCUGCUGCUUGGCCUCGAGGAUCGGUCAUUAGGAGUGUUUGAUUUAUGCAUGGGAAAACAGAUGCCUCGGGGACUAGAACUACAACAAAUUUCUGUUCUAAAACUGUCUAGAGGAAAAAAAUGUUAUAAUUUAAUAUAAAAUUAAUAUGCAUAUUUACUUUAAUAAAUUAAAAUUGUUUAUUUUUCCGUCAAAUAUACUACUCUAUUUCAACAAUAAGUCGCAACAAUUAGCUUUAUUUGCGAUUCGACAAAAUAUUCAAAUUGUUAUAUUUAAUUUAUUUAUUAUAUAAUUUUAAAUUCGUUCGAUUUAAUCAAUUGUGCCAUAUUUUGAAUUUUCAUAAUUAAAUUGACACCAGUUUAAAUUUAAUGUUACCUAUUUGUUGUAUCAGUAAUGAAAAAGUGAUCAAUUUCAAUUGCCUAACAUUUUUUAUAAUUAUUUAGUAAUGAUUACAUAGUCGGUUAAUAAAACUAUUAACUGAGUAAGUAAGUAGUAAGUUGGUAUGUAAUAAAAUAUUUGUAAAAAAUAUUAAUAUUAAACUAAUUAUCUUACAGUCUUCCA